AUGGUGGCCCUCGCUUGGCUCGGUGUGGCAGCAGCCUUCGUGCUGACCGCAUGGCCACCUUCAGCUAUCGCAAGCCCUGGCUUCCGUAGCUUUUCCAGCCAGAGCUACAAUAGCGGUGCUUCCGCUUGUCCUGAGCGCUGCCGUGAUGCUGGGCCCAAUACGGGGAACUGGUCGGUGUACUCGGGCUUCAAGCAGAUCCGGAAGUGCAAGGAAACGAUCUUCUAUGACUUCUCCCUGUUUGACGAUGUUGAUGAUUGGGAGAGAACCCACCGCAUUCAGGCCUGCUCUUCAUACGGGCCGGACUUUGCCACUUUUCCAGCGACUACAACUCAUGUUACUUCUAGCAAGCCCGUUGAUGUUCAGUUUGAACUUGGGUGGUGGCAGGAGGGUUUCGGUCUGGCGGGUGCUGGGCUGCGGUCAAUUGUUAGGCAGAUGCGCCACUAUGCCGAUGGAGAGCAUGGCAAGUCCGAUAGGCCAUUUAUCAUAUACGGUCAGUCUGGUCAAGCUACAAUCGGGUUGUAUAUUGGCCAGGGUCUGCUGAAACAAGGGCUCGGCGAGUCUGCGCUCAAGCUCUUCCAGGACAAUCUUGGCAAUCUUGCCAUCUCCACCCCUAGCUUAGCUAUGCAGCUCUGUGAGGAAGGCUAUGAUAGCACACAUGUAUUCGGUAUUAUGGCGACGAGCAAUGGAACCUUUGCUCCCAUACAAAGUGCAAUCAAGUCUUGGGCUAAUGCGACGUGCUUAUCGUUCCCCGGAUCUGUCAAGCUUGCGGGCUCGGUGAAAUUCACUACGCCGCUCCUGAAUGACAACCACACUACCGCGGCCAAUUCCACUUACUUAGGGCGCAAUCUGGUUCAGAAAAGGGGGAGUGGCGAGUGUACAACUGUACAGGUUGACGCUGGGAACGGCUGUGCAGACCUGGCAGUGAAAUGCGGCAUCUCGGGCGCUGACUUCACGAAGUACAACCCCGGCAAUGAUUUCUGCUCCACGUUGAAGCCUAAGCAGCAUGUUUGCUGCUCUGAUGGAAUUCUUCCUGAUUUUCGUCCCCAGCCCAACGAAGACGGCUCAUGUAGGGCAUACCAGGUCCAGGCCGAUGACAAUUGCGACAGCCUCGCUGCGGAAUACAGUUUGAGCAGCGAUGAUCUUGAGAAUUUUAACAAGGACACCUGGGGUUGGAAUGGCUGCGAGCUUCUGUUCAAAGAUACAGUUAUGUGUUUGAGUGAAGGAACUCCGCCCUUCCCCGCAGAGAUCUCCAACGCUCAGUGUGGUCCCCAAAAGCCAGGCACAAUCCCGCCAUCGAAUGGCUCGAAUAUUGCCGAUCUCAACCCUUGUCCGCUCAACGCAUGCUGUAAUAUAUGGGGCCAAUGCGGCAUAACUGCGGACUUCUGUGUUGAUACAAACACUGGGGCCCCGGGAACGGCUGAGCCAGGAACCUACGGCUGUAUAUCGAAUUGUGGGAUGAAUGUUGUGAAAGGAUCUGGGUCUGGGGAUGUCAAAAUCGCCUACUAUGAAGGCUACUGCCUCAGCAGGAAGUGCCUCUUUCAGGAUGCUUCGCAGAUUGAUACCUCGCAAUACACGCACCUUCAUUUCGGCUUCGGAACACUGACCGACUCUUGGGAGGUUGAGACAGGGAAUACACUGUCCACCUACAAUUUUUGGCGAGUUCAAGAGACUCUCAGGAGCUAA